ACUUCUAGCUUCUAGCUUCUAGACUAUAUACUCCUGAAUGCGGUCAUGGUUAUAGCCGACAUGACCCAAUAACCAAACCGCCUACUCAUCGCUUCAUAUCUAGUACAACCAUUGAUCUCUGUGCGCAAGUUAUCGAAGUUAAAUUGAGAUCGAGAGCGCACUCAUACGCCGACAAUGCAGUAUCAGGAGGCACGUUUACGUUCGUUCACGACAGCAACGAUCAAGCCGAAAGGUCGAAGCAAGGCCAAGCCGAUCCCGACAACAUGGCCAUUAUCACCUACAAAGUACCCCAACCUCACUCCAGAGAAUCUGGCAUAUGCGGGAUACUACUACGCACCCCUGGCGGACGACCUGGACCAGUGUGGUUGCUUCCUGUGCGACUCAAAGUUGGGUGGAUGGGACGAAGGGGAUGAUCCGUUCGAAGAGCAUUAUCGGCGAGGAAAGUGCGGGUGGGCGAUGGCGGUGUGUUCGGUGAUGGUCGAUGAGAGGCGAGGUGGCGGAAGUGGGAAGCAGACGGGCAAGGCCAGACUGCUUUACGAAGAUGCGGAUCGUUUACCGCAAUGUGACACCAUGAACAAGGCUAGGAUCAAGACCUUUGCGAAAUGGUGGCCUCAUCCGAUUCGUGGCUGGAGUCCGACCCCAACAAGCCUCGCUCAAGCCGGAUUCGUCUAUACGCCAACGAAACAAGAGAAAGACUGUGUGACCUGUAUCUAUUGCGAUUACAGUACGGUUGGUUGGGAGCCUACGGAUGAUCCUUGGGAUAUACAUCAGAAAAAGAAACCAAAUUGUAGCUUUUUCAAGGCCAAGUUGAUCGGAGCAGCACCUGAAGUAUCGGAAGACGAGCUCGCAAUAACCACGACAAAACGUCCCGCUUCGCGUACGACAAAGUCCACGAAAUCAACCAAGACCGCAGCUGCUAGUACAACCAGACGGACGACGAGAAAGCCGGUGGUAGCAGCGGCAAGCGAUACAGACGACCCCAUUGCCACACCGGUAGAGGAGGAAGCGGACGAGACGAUCAAGCCUCCAACCAGUCCUACCAAGAGCAAAGGUCGUGCUACAAAGGUCUCGAAACCCGCUACCACCGUCCGAAGUCGGAAAGCAGCUGCGGCAGUAGCAGCAGAAGCGGUUUCUGAACCUAUAGACGAGCCGGCUGCGCCAGCAGUACAACCCGAACCCGGAAUCGAGGCCAAGGCGCCACCGACAAGACGAGCUACUCGAGCGACCGUGGUCAAGAAACCCGCAGCCGUUGCGUCGACGAGACCAGCGGCAGCUACAACGAAACGAAGUAAAAAGAUGGCAGAAUCUGCGCCCAGCUCGGAGCCGGUGACCGAGACCGAGCAGGAGGACGUCGUCCCGGUCGUCUCUAGCGCAAAGAGCAAAGUCGCGGCGGAGAAGACGAUACGGUCCAAGCCUGCUCCAGCCGCCGCUACUAGUCGAGCCAGGGCUAUUCCGGUCUCCAAGGCCAAAACGCCUGCGACUACGGCACGGCCGAAAAAGGACGAACCGGUGGUCGUAAUAUCAAGCGACACCGACCGAGAUGCAGGCGCGGACGAGGAGCCGGAGCCGGAGAAGAUCACGCCGAUGCAAGUCGACCAACCGGACCCGGAGCGGAUGAGAAUGAUCGAUACGGGCGCCAAGGAAGCCAGAUCGGUGAUCGAAUCACUGGAUCAGGCGACCCCUACCAAGACGGCCGGUACCAACUCGACACGGGACCUCUCGCUCACAGACGAUCAGGCCGAGAUGACGGUGGUCGAGUACAUUCGCGCCAUGUACGUAGCUAAACAUCGAGCGAUCAAGGUCGAUGGCGAGGCCAAGAUCAGGGCAUGGGAAGAACGAGCGAAGGGUGCGAGAGAGGUGGUGCAGGGAAUGCGAUGUAGAGACGAUUAGAAGCGGCAGACCCGUGCCGAUGUAGAGCGUGUAGAUCGUCGAUCACCAUGUAGUUGAACGACCCGAAAUAUAAUGACAGUCAUGACGUCCGUUG